CUGAUUUCUGAGAGAAUAAAAACAUAUUCUGAAGCAUCUAAAAAUUUCUAAAAUGCCAAAUCUGAGGAAUCCUUCUUCCCUUUUUAGGGAAGAGACUAAACCCUAAACAUCUCAAUUCACAAACCCAAUUUCACUCUCAGAUGAAGCGUAUCGUGAGGAUUUCAUUCACCGACGCAGAAGCCACCGAUUCUUCUAGCGAAGAAGAGACGGAGGAGCGUGGAGCUUCCCUUCCUCGCCGCCGUGGGAAACGGCUCGUCAGAGAGAUCGUAAUCGAUCCUCCAGAUUCCAAAGAUAACCACCACGGUGUCUCCCAGACGCGAUUCAAAAUCAGGAUUCCGGCGGAAUUUCUCGCGGCGGCGGCGGCGGCGGAGAAGAAGAAAUUCCGUGGAGUGAGGCAGAGGCCGUGGGGGAAAUGGGCGGCUGAGAUCAGAUGCGGUCGAGCUCUCAAGGGACGACGCGAUCGUCUUUGGCUGGGCACUUUCAACACUGCCGAGGAAGCCGCUCUUGCUUACGAUAACGCAGCGAUUCAGCUGAUUGGGCCUCACGCGCCUACCAAUUUCGGUUUCCCGGCGGAGAAUCAAGAGGUUAAGACGGUGGCUGGAGCAUCCGCCGUUGCUCGAGGCGCGUGAAGCGGAUUGGUUAAUUUAGUUCGUGGUGGUUAAACUUAAACUUAGUAAGAAGGUCUCUACUCUUAGUAAUGGCCAUGGCUGUUUAGUUUAGUGACUUUUUGUAAAUUAAUGUUUCCUUGUUAAAUCAGGUGAUGUUUCUGAUGAUCUGUAACUUUUGUUGUCGUCUCUGUAAAUAUUGUCACAUGGACGAAGUUGAAACCCGUGAAAU